AUGGAUACCCUAGAUGUGGAUGUUGUAGUCACGGGUACCGGGAUCACAGGAGCAAUUGUUGCAGCCUGCCUGGCGUACACCGGUCGUAAGGUCCUGCAGAUAGAUAAAAACCAAUGUUAUGGCCAAGCAAAUCGCACACUGUCGAUCAAGCAACUUCUCGAAGCACCAGAGGUCAAAUGUCUAAAUACAAAGGACGACUUGAAAACACAGUUCAAUAUAAUUAUUGGUAACCAUGAUGACGAAAUUUUGGAAAAUCAACAAGUCAAGGCACAUGAUAGCCAAAGAUUGACAAAAGAAACAAAAUUUAAACGACUAAUGGAACUUAUGAAUAUUAUGUACAACAAAGUAGACACAGAUCCGGCAAUAGUUUGUGAAUUUACCCCGUUCACACAACAGGGAACUAAUGCUAUACAAGCAUUAGACCAUUUCUGUGCUGAAAGUAGUAAAUACGCAUUGGAUGUCUGGCCGAAAAUGAUAUUUGGACGUAGUGCAGAGGUAGAUAUGCUACUGAACUCAGGAGGACAUAGCUAUAUACAUUUCACAGAAACAAAUGGACCAAUACUCUAUGGACAUGAACCAGCACUGGAGAGUGAUGGGAUUACAUUACAAGAUGCACCAAAUAACAGAAAUGCCAUAUGUAGGUCAAAACUACUAUCACCACUCGAAAAGAGAACUUUGAUGCAAAUGCUAACAAACUUAACCGCUGGACAAUGUAUCACACGAUUCGAGUCAUUGGCACUCAAAGGAUCCACAAAGUCAAACGCAAACAAAAAUAACGAAAAUGCUGAUAACAUAACAGACCCGGAUACAAACUGGUUAGAGUUCCUCAACGCAAAUGGAUGUACGCAGAACACUGUGGAACUAUUGAGUCAUGGUAUAUGUCUAGGAGGUGCAGAUGUAAAAACAUGGACAAAAAGAGAAGGACUACAACGUCUACUCAAAUAUGCUCAAUCUAUAGGCAUCUAUGGACAAUCAGAAUCGCCAUUUAUAUACCCAAUGUAUGGUACUGGCGAUGUUGUACAGGCAUUCACUCGUGUAGGUGCCGUACUAGGGGUCACGUUCAUGCUAGGUACUAGCGUUGUAUCGGUAACAAAAGAUGAACAAAACAAAAUGACGACACUUCAACUUACAAACGGGAUGACCAUAAACACCAAAAUGAUAAUCAUGGAUGACAAGGUUACCGCAGGACCUGCCGGUAUCACAACAGAUUCAAUGAAGGAAACAAAAAAUACAGAGCAACAUAAAAGGCGAUUACACGUUCUCACACUGGUGAUAGAUCAACCCAUACUACCAGGACUAAAUAUGGCCGUAAUAGUUCCUCAAAGUAAUUUACAAAAUGGGAUGUCGCUUGAAAUGGAACCUGUAUACCUCAUCCAAGCUGGCGCCGAUAUAGGAGCUGCGGCGGAAAACAAGUACGUGUUCUAUAUCAUGACAAUAGAUGUCACACCGAUGGCAAGAUUCGACUCAUUCGCUCAAUGCGAUCACCCAACGGUACGACGGUUGAUGCAAAUAUACAAUACUAUGGCCGAGCAAGAGACCAACGAGAGCCUUAAAAUGCACAGAGGGUGGCUUGCAGAUGAUCACGUUCAAGAAAUAAGAGACGGAAACGGUAUAGUGAUUCUACCCAGGGUCAAAGCGACACCUGUUGUACCCUUGGUAGAAGAAAUUCCAGUAGCUUUGACGGUUGUCAAUGCUCUGUUAGGGAAGGAGGACGUGCAUAUCACGCCAUAUUAUAACGCUGAUCUCACAGAUUACCUACAUAUCGUUAGAUCAGAGGAUUCAGAAGACAAUGCCAUGGACGCGACUGCCGAAAAGUUGCAGUCGAUCAUAGACAAGUAUGGGUAA